CGGGUAGCGGGCUGGGCGGGACUGGCAAGUUUUCCUCCGGAGUUCGUAGGUCUGGAGCGUCCGCGGCGGUCGCGCCGGUGCCUUCGGCCGAGGUCGGGAUGGAUCCGCCCUCCGUGAACCUGAAGCUGAUCAUCCUGGUUCACUGGCUGCUGACGACCUGAUCCAUCUUCCCACAGGGGCUGCCUCAUGUUCGGGGGCCCCUAUGCCUGGGCCAACUUCACCGCCCUGGCCUUGGGCGUUUGGGCCGUCGCUCAGAAGGAUUCCAUCGACGCUAUAAGCAUGUUUCUGGGUGGCUUGGUGGUCACCAUCCUCCUGGACAUCAUCCACAUCAGCAUCUUCUACCCGCGGGCCGGCCUCUUGGACGUAGGGCGCUUCGGCGCCGGCAUGGCCAUCCUCAGCCUGCUCCUCAAGCCCUUCUCCUGCUUCAUGCUCUACAACAUGUACCUGCAGCGCGGGGGCGAGGGCCCGUUCAGCUCUGUGUAUCCAGGUAUUGGAAGCACAUCUCAGCGCAGUGCCUACCAGACCAUUGACUCACCAGAGGCCCCCACAAACUUUUAUGCAGGCGCGGAGGACAAGGGUCACACCUCCCAAGGGUACUGAAGCCAGCCCUGCUGCCCUGGCCGCAGCUCCGGGGCCAGAAUCACAAACUGUAGGGGAGGUUGGUCAGCAGGGCCUUCCUUGUGCCCUGGACACUGAUCUACGGCUGCCCUUGACCCCCACCUCUCUUGGACCUAAUGUGGAACGUGUCCUAUUCCCCAUCUCAGGUGUUGCCGGAAUGGCUCUGUGCACACAGCUGUCCCAGGCUCCCCGAGACUCCCCACCCA